GAGUCUGACUAUGAAAACAAUAAACAAGGAGAAACGAAAGAGGACCUGUCGCUCAGAGUCGAGAUAAAUUGUGUUAGAAGGACAGCGUAUUUUACAGAGCGACAUAGUUAAAGGAAAUAAGAAACUACACGGGACAAAUAUUUAUCUUGACUCGAAUAAUUUUGGCGUUUUUGUGUCAAAGAAAAAAAGGAAGUUCGCUAGCCAGUGUCCUAGCUAGCUAGCCACCCCUGUCUAUCCUCUGCUUGUCCCUCCUUCAGCCAGCAAACACUUCGUUUUUAUUGUUAUGCAGUUGCCGGAGGAUUGUUGUCUCACUCGUUUUCCUCCACCACCUCUUCACUCCCUCACCCCCCUCUCUCUGGACCUAUGUCUCGGUGGUUCUUCCCCUGGUCGGGCUCAAUAAAGAAGCGGGCCUGUCGGUACCUUUUACAGCAUUACCUCGGUCACUUCUUGGAGGAGCGUUUGAGCUUGGAACAGCUGAGUUUGGAUUUGUACAAUGGCAGUGGAGUCAUUAAAGAAAUCAACCUCGACGUGUGGGCGGUGAACGAGCUGCUGGAGUCGCUAGGGGCCCCCCUGGAGAUAGUUGAAGGUUUUGUGCAGAGUAUAGCAGUAACAAUACCAUGGGCAGCGCUUGUGACUGACCACUGCACACUUGAAGUCACUGGGCUACAGAUAACAUGCAGACCCAAGUACAGAACCAGCAGGAGCUGGGACUCCCAGGGCUGGUCGUCAUGUAUGACCUCCAGCAUGCAGCUGGCCCAGGAGUGUCUGAAGGACCCACCUGAGGCAUCUGAAGAUCCACCUGCUCCUCUGGAGGGGCUAGAAAUGUUUGCACAGACCAUUGAAACAGUUCUCAGGCGGAUAAAAGUCACUUUCUUGGACACUAUAGUGAGAAUUGAACAUCAACCCUUUGAUUCUGAGACUGGGGUUGCCUUAGAGAUGCGAAUAACACGGCUGGAUUACUGUGACGAGGCUGUGAGAGACUCGAAUCAGACAGUGCCUGUAGAUAUCCACCAGCCCCCAGCCUUCUUGCACAAGAUCCUCCAACUAAACUCUGUAAAGCUGCUCUAUGAGACUCUCGGAGAACCACAGGGACUUCUUGUUCCUGAAAACACCCGAGGUAGUGAAGAUGAUGUUGAUGAUGAUGAUGAUUAUGAUGAUGAGGAAGAGAAAAACUCUGUUCCUCAGCCAUUACGGCUGCCUCCUGAGCCUCUGCUUAUUGGAAGUUGCUCUGGCUUCAUGGAGACUACUGUCAAAAUCAAACAGAAUGACAUGUUACCAGGGCCCAAGUUGGAACUCGAUGGAAAGGUGGGCUGUCUGCACCUGUUGCUGUCCCCAAGUCAGAUUAUUCACUUGACUGACCUUCUGACUGCCCUUUGCAUUGAGACAGAAGGUAGCAGUAAUACUAGAGGUGGUGCAGGCAUUGGUGGUCAUAGUAGGCCUCUGGGUUCAGAUGAUCUGAGGUUGAUAGAGGAGGACCUCAGUAAACAACUCAGUACAGAUAUGGCAGAGAGAGAUUUGGAGCUGGAUGCAGAUACUUAUGUCACUGGCCUGGAGAAUGGAGAAAUGUUUUAUUCUAUGGGGCCUGGAUGUAUGACGAGCAGUGUGAUGUCAGCACGCUCUGGAAGUGAGCUGUCUGACAGUGACAUGGAGUCUUCAAUACACAGCCAAAGCAGCCUGGCUCAAACACACCCUCUGUCUCCACAGGGCAUGCUCAACUGCCCCAGACGUUAUCCUGUACCAGGUACCUUAUCCAACUUGCCUCAAUGUAGCAGGCCUCCACGGCGCUCAUCCCAUGGUGGCCAGGCAGAAUCCAUGAAGCCUGACUCCUUGUUCCGUCUUUCCCUGGGAGGAGUCACUCUGACUCUACUGGAGCAAGAACCACCCCUGGGUCCUUAUGGCCAGUCUUCAUUGGCUGAGGUGUCACGGGUGUUUUUUCACGAGCUGGCCUUCUUCAAAGACAGCAUGUUCAGCGAGAGAAAUUUUCAGAACUUGAGAGGAAACUUUGCUAAAGCUUGCCCUCAUUCUCACCUCAGGCUGACAGGGGCAGCAGUACAGGUGGCAUGUGAGAUGCGUAGCUCUGGGCGGCACGCCCGUUCUGUGAUGUCUGACCUCUCCUUCAGCAGGCUGGAACUGCUGGAGUGUUUGUGGGAGCCAGGCAACCCCCAGUACAUUGAGCUGUUGCAGUUCCAGACUGCUGGUCUCUUUACUGUGGGAGCCACUGCCAGACCCUGUGCACAGCUACACUACAGUCUAACAGAAAAACACCAGCGCAAGAGUGGACUGAAGCAGCGUGUGGUGCGCAGGGACAGCUCUGUGCGUAUAGAGCUGGGUGAGCUCACCACUGAGGUAGACCUGGACACACUGGGCAGACUGGACAGCAUCAUACAGGCCUUAAGCCACUGUCCCAGCCAACCAUCAAAACCAGCACAUAUGCAGACUCAGUCACUAGAGGUGCACUCCUGUCUUACUCUUCUCUCUCCCCACGCCAUGCUGAGGCUCCGAUUCCCCAUCCCUGACCUUCGACCCUUAGACCAGAGAAGACCCAUUAGCAAGCGAGCAGUGCGUAAGGAAAUCCUGAGCCUGGAGAUGUCCAACUUGGAGAUGAAGUCUCAGCAGGGCCCAGACAUCCAAGAGACACCUUCCACUCCCAGUGCCAAGCUCAUACAGUUGUUCGAGGCCACUUUCAGUGACAUGCAUGGAGUUUAUGAGGGCUGGGAGGGAGGCUCUUUCCCUUGUAUCCGUGUCCAAAAAAGCACAGACUGGCAGAACCCAGAUGGCACACCUAGGAUUGUUGUACGUGUGAGUGGAGAAGCAGGUACAGACAGUAGAGGAGUUGUAGGUGUGGGGCUGAACAGAGAUUCUGGGCUUGGCUCUGUGUCUAUGGAAAAUCCCUGUGAGCUGAGAGAGAAGAACAGCUCCCCAUUCUCCUCCAACCGCACCAUGUUUGAGACAGAGGAGAUGGUGAUCCCAGCAGAUCCAGAAGAGAUGAAGGAAUUCCAAUCUCAGUGUGUAGCUCAGUGUCAGUAUGUGGUGGAUAUCACACUGCCUGUUGCCUACAUUCUCUUUCCCAGCAAAGAGGCCUUCCAGAGUAUAUACAAUAGGAUCAAUAAUGAUUUGUUGAUGUGGGAGCCCCCUCUUUCACCACCCUCCCCCCCAAAAAGCUUUCACAGCCCCUCACAGCAGCACAGAUCUGAGGAUGAUGAGUUUCAGCUCUGCAAAUCUGCUUUUAGACUUGUAGAAUCUGACUCAGAAGAGGAGGAGCCUCAGUUCUCUUCAGCCAGUGAUCCAGGGAAAAAGAGGCAACUAGAGUCUGAACUUAACCAUGCCCUCAGUCUACUCUGUUUAACUGUACUGAUUCACAAGGGCCGCAUCCAGACCAUGGUGGACAACAAGAAUGAGGCAGGACGAAGAGUGGAACAGUGCCAUGGGGAAAUGUUGCUAGACUUUGAAGGUGGAAAGAUUUUCAGUGUUACACAACAUCAGAAUAAUCCUAAUCUGAAUUUCUUGACGAUAGAGAGCAAAAAAGUAGAGCUGUAUCAUAAAGCGGAGGUACAGGAUUCCCCUAUUCCUGUGCGAUUGGAAAUGCCCAGGUUCAGUCCCCCAAACAAUCUGGACCCUACGAUUUAUCCCACAGAAGUGGGGGUCAGCAGCGUAGGUGGCAGAGAGAUGGGUGGUCAGAUGCUGUCGACUGCCAUCAAAAUCACACUAGAUCUCCAACGCAAUGUCAAGGAAUUCCUGGUUGCCCUUCGGCUCCAAGGUGCUACUUUACAACAUCACAUGGCAUUGACCAAUCACAGUUGGCAUGAGCAGUUGGUUGAUUUUCUGGAUGUCAUCGAUGAUGAUAUUUUAGGAUACACCCCUCCUGCCAUCAUCACAGUCUUACAUACACACCUGGCAACUUGUGCAGUUGACUACAGGCCCCUGUAUCUUCCAUUGCGUGUGUUGUUUACAGCAGAAUCCUUUUCUUUGUCCAGUAAUAUUAUUGUGGAUACUGCCACUUUCCACCUCAGGUUCAUCCUGGAUGACUCUGCGUUGUACCUCACUGAUAAAUGUGAGAGUGAAACAGUGGAUUUGAGACGAGACUAUGUUUGUGUAUUAGACAUUGACCUUUUGGAGCUGGCCAUUACUACAUGGAAAGGCAAUGACACUGGCAGAUUGACACAGCCUUUGUUUGAGCUCCGCUGCUCAAAUAAUGUGGUUCAUGUGCGCACGUGUGCGGACUCCUGUGCUGCUCUGGUGAACAUGCUACAGUACCUGGUUUCCCAGGGUGACCUUCACCCACCCCCACGGCAUGCCUCCCCUACUGAAAUCGCUGGACAGAAACUUCCACCCUCAGAAGCUGCUGCACCUUUACCACCCUGCCCGCCAGCAGAGACUGCAGAGAUUAACCAAUGUGAUCUUACUGAUGCCUUGAUUGACACAGAAAGAACGAUGCGUGAAGAGGAUCAAGACACUGGUUCUCCUUCCUCAGUAAAGCGAGGUUCCCCCGUGUCAGUGUACUUGUUCCCAGGAGAGGCCCCCAAGCCUCGCUCUGCCAUGCUAGAAGGGGACGUGUCAGAGCUUGAUCGGCUAGUGGUCACAGCCACUGAGGCUCAUGCAGAUAUGAUGUCAGAGGAGGGUUCUGAAGGCUCCACUGACAAUGAUGACUUCUGUAUCUUGGAGGCUCCAGGCAUGGGCAUUCCACCCAGAGACGGAGAGCCAGUGGUGACAGUGUUGUGUCAAGGCCCUAUAAAGGUGCGUGAUGGCUACUUCUCUCGUCCUCGGGGAAGUUCUGACCUGUUGCGGGCCCCCUCCCGUUUCCCUGUGCCCCAGAGCAGAGUAGUGCUCAGAGAGGUUUCCAUCGUCUGGCACCUCUACGGAGGCAGAGAUUUUGGGGGCAAACCCACAUCUGCUCACACACAGCACAGCCACAGAGGCCGUUCAGCUCCUACAGGAGCCCGUAGUUCUCCUUCCCGCUCAGCUGGCUCCUCCAGGCCACAGAACUCAUGGCGUUGGGUGGGAGGCAGUGGCAGACAGCACUCACUGCUCAUGGAGAUACAGCUGACUAAGGUCAGUUUCCAACACGAAUCAUACCUGGUUGUGGCACCACCUGCUGUCCCAGGGCAGGACGUAGAAGGGGCAGGUGUGGGAGAACAGCCUCUCUCCCGGCAGGUGUUCAUUGUGCAGGAGCUGGAGGUGCGCGACAGACUGGCCUCCUCCCAGAUCAACAAGUUCCUCUAUUUGUACACCAGCGAGAGCAUGCCUCGCAGAGCCCACUCCAACAUGUUGACGGUGAAGGCUCUGCAAGUACUUCCUGAGGCUGGCCUGGGAGGACCAGAAUGUUGCCUGAGAGUUAGCUUGUUGCCCCUCCGACUCAACAUAGACCAGGAUGCACUUUUCUUCCUGAAGGACUUCUUCAGUAACUUGGCAGCUGGAGUUAACCCCUAUCUGCCUGUUGACCCAGCAACUGAGGUGAAGGCAGACACUACACAAAAGCAGUCAGAGGAGGCAGAAUCUGUCUCUGGUUUAGGCCCUGACCUCACUGCCUCUGUGGAGACAACCUAUAGUGAGCAGAGCUCUUCUUCUGCUGGCUCUUCCUCGUCUUCUGACCAGCCAAUCUAUUUCCGAGAAUUCCGUUUCACCUCAGAAGUUCCAAUCUGGCUUGACUACCAUGGGAAGCAUGUGGCCAUUGAACAGGGAACGUUUGCAGGGAUUCUGAUCGGCCUGGCCCAACUGAACUGCUCAGAGCUGAAACUGAAGAGGCUGUGCUGUAGACACGGAUUGCUGGGUGUUGAUAAAGUCAUUCAGUAUGCUGUGAAUGAGUGGCUGACUGACAUCAGGAAGAAUCAAUUACCGGGCAUUCUGGGAGGUGUAGGUCCAAUGCACUCUGUAGUUCAGCUCUUCCAUGGAGUGCGGGACCUGUUCUGGAUGCCUAUUGAGCAGUACAGAAGAGAUGGGCGCAUUAUCCGUGGCUUACAGAGGGGGGCAGCCUCCUUCGGCACUUCAACAGCCUCUGCUGCUCUAGAGCUUAGCAACAGACUGGUGCAGGCCAUACAGGCCACAGCAGAAACAGUGUAUGACAUCCUAUCACCAACUCCACCCUUGACACGUUACAUCACAGAAGGACGCCCCACUUCUCGCCCCAGACGGACCCCCCAACCAGCUGACCUCAGAGAAGGUGUGGCCAAGGCCUAUGACACUGUCAGAGAGGGAGUGAUUGACACUGCUCAGACCCUGUGUGACGUGGCUUCAAGAGGACACGAACAGAAAGGUCUUCCUGGGGCAGUCGGUGGGGUUCUGCGUCAGAUUCCACCCACUGUGGUGCGUCCCUUAAUAGUGGCCUCUGAGGCUACCUCUAACCUGCUUGGAGGCAUGCGGAACCAAAUCAAACCAGAUGCGCGAAAAGAAGACUUCUUAAAAUGGCGCACAGAAGAUGGCCAAGAAUGACUGAGAGAGUUGCUUAAUAACUUUUUUUUCCUAGUGUAAAUGGAAGAGUGAAAGUGCGAGUGUGCAAGUGAAAAUGUGAGUAUUUGUGUGAGUAUUAAUUCAGUGAUGAAAAAGAAGAAAAAAAAUUUGCCGCUCAGCAAAAUCUGAGAUGUUUUAAGUGGCUUCCAGAUGUUAGUUGCACAUUUUCACAUUCAUGCAAUGCAAGCAUUUUCAUUGUGCACUUUGGUACAAGUAAAGCUCUCUGUAGGUAGCCAAGUGCAAUUCGCUGCCAUGUCAUAUUAUCAGAAAGUAUGCAAUCAUAUCAAUCUUGAACACUGUUUACCAUUUACCAAAUGAUCUGCUACUAUUUUUUUGUUUCCUCUUGGAAUUACACGUAGGGCAUCUAGAAUGUUUUCCUGUCUUUCUUUAAUUGUUUAAAUUGUUUGUUUCUUUUUGUCAGCUAUAACAAAUGUGACAUUGUUUGUCUGGCCCACAUCUGGGAUAUGAGGAAAAAAAAUUGUCAGCAAAACAUGGAUUACUGCAUAAAGGUGGCCUUGCUGUAAUAAUUUUUUUUUAAACGAUGGGAAUGUGAAUCUUCCACAACCUGUUUAAUGAUCUUGAACUAUUUUAAACUAUAACCCUGGUGUUAUUGUGCCAUAAUUCUGUUCAACGUGAAGAUGAACAUUUGGUUUGAACGUAAGUUUGAUCCUUCUCCUCCUAAUGCCAGUAUACAUGGUUCUGUAGCACUUUCAUGCUAAUUUCCUAAUCAGUACCCAUUGUUAUUUUCGCUGAAAAGCCUUUAUAUAUAUGUCCACUUUCCUGAAUUCAGACAUGCUUGACUUUGUCUUGUUGGUUGCCUUCCUGAAUUAAAAAAAGUGUUUGUUUUUUUUUUUCUUUUGCUAAUUAUAAUUAACACGAUGAUCAUCAUAUUCAUUGUGAUGUAGUCUUUGUACUGGGAAUGGCUUUCAGCCACCGAAAAGUUGGAAAAGGGGUUAUGACUAAAAUUGUACACUUUUGUUAAAUGCAUUAUACAGUUUAAAGGAAGUGAGGUGUGGGUGUGUGUGUGUGUGUGUGUGUGUGUGUGUGUGUGUGUGUACAUGGUGUCCUAUGAGUGUCUGACUGAGGAUGUGCAUGUUUGUGGGCUGACCGUUGUUUUGUUGGGGUGAUCUGUUGGCUAUGUGGCUCAUAGCUCUCAGUAUGUUUUUUUUCUGUAAUUACUACUAUAUCAUAAGCUGUAAGAAUGACCUGUAUAAUACAAAGACAAUGUGUAAACAAAUUACUACAAAAAUAAUAAAACAUGUACAUUUGAAAGA